AUGUCUUCCUUGACAUUUCUUUUAAUUUUCAUACCAAACAUCGCAAGCAGAGACAAUAAAAUUAUAAAUCGGUUAGGGAAGACGAAAAAGGAAUUAUAUCCUGAUUUGCUCGCUGAAAAAGAGGCUCAUAAUAAAGAACUUCGAAAAAUUGCAAGAGCUGAAGAAAUGGCAAAGGUAUUAUAUGUUAACAAAGAGCGAUCGUCAUCUUUGUAUUUCUGUGUCUUAACGUUUGCAUUAUCUUGGACUUUCGAAUAUCAGGCUAAGGAAGAGCUUCGACAAAAACAAAAGUUCCGCGAAGAAGCAGCCAAGAAAUCAUAUGAUUCACUCUUCGAUGAAUCUAACAUGAGAAGUAAUCAAGUUUAUGAAGAAAAUGCGCAGGCUCUGGAGGAUGACUUUAUGUGA